AUAUCGCUACUCAUCUGUAGCCACCAUCUCAGCUCCACUACCGCAUCGCCUCUGCUCCACCACCACGCCGCCCACUCGACGGCAAUGACUGCUGCUCAGUGACGGCCCCCACCGGCCCGGCUAUGCCGGAAGACGACGCGUCCUACCUCCUCUGCGCCGAGGAAGCCUUCUUCUUCGUCGACGCCGCCUCCGCUGCCGCCAGCACCUGCACCACCGCCGAGCAGGACGAUGGCUGGUGCUCCGGCGCCGAGCAGGAGUCGGCGUCCUCCUUCGUCGCCGAGCUCAUCGGCGGCGAGGCCGACUACUCGCCCCGGUCCGACUACUCCAACCGGCUCCGGUCGCGGUCCGUCGACCCCGCCGCCCGGGCCGACUCCGUCGCAUGGAUUCUCAAGGUGCAAGAGUACUACGGAUUCCUUCCCCUGACGGCCUACCUCGCCGUGAACUACAUGGACCGGUUCCUCUCCCUCCACCGGCUGCCGCAGGAGGAUGGAUGGGCAAUGCAGCUGCUAGCUGUGACCUGCCUUUCCUUGGCUGCCAAGAUGGAGGAGACCCUGGUGCCCUCCCUCCUAGACCUUCAGAUAGAGAGCACAAGAUACAUCUUCGAGCCGAGAACGAUCCUUCGAAUGGAGCUUCUAGUCCUCACGGCGCUCAAUUGGAGGCUCCGAUCGGUCACGCCAUUCACAUUCAUCGACUUCUUCGCUUGCAAAGUUGACCCGAGAGGGAGGCACAUGAGAUAUCUGAUCGCCCGAGCCACACAAAUGAUUUUAGCCGCAAUACAUGAUAUCGAGUUCUUGGACCACUGCCCGUCGUCAAUGGCUGCCGCCGCGGUGCUGUGCGCCGCCGGUGAGACGCCGUCCCUCACAUUGCUCAACCCCAGGCUUGCAGUCAAUUGGUGCAUUGGCCUAGCAGAGGAAGGGGUGAGCAGCUGCUACCAACUAAUGCAGCAGCUGGUGGGUGGCAAGAGGGCAAAAACCGCAGCAGCAGCGGCAGUUAACCUGUGCUCAGACGAGGUUCUGUCCUGUGAUUCCUCCUCCUGCACCACCCCACCCCCACCCAAGAGGAGGAAGAGGUCACCUCCACCAGUCAUCACAUGAAAAGAAAGGAAUGGCGAGAGUAGAUAAACCAUCAUUUUACAUGGUUUUUUUGGGGGGUCAGAUUAACAUGGUUUGAUUUUGAUUUCUUGAUGUUGUUGUGUUGUUGUGAUUCUUUUUCCCAUUUGUUCCCUUCUUUUGGGGUUCUUCUUUUUACACCUUGGUGGGGGGGCUCCUCCUUGCUUGGCCUUGCCUGUUGAUCCAUGCCAUCAUGGCCGCCUCUGCGCUGCCAGUCUGUGAAGGAUGUGAGAAAUAUCAGAGAAAAGAGCGCGAGAGAGAAACAUGGACGCAUUUGUGUUUUUAUGUGCUUACAACACUGUGGGGGGUCUUCACCCUUGAUGCAGAGCUGCAGAGGAUAUAUUGAUUAGAUAGUGAGGGAGGAAGAAGCCAUGGCAGAUACAAGAAAAGUAAAAAUGAUGGCAAUGAAGGACAGCAUGUUUGCAUGGAAUUGCAUGGAGAUAGAUAGAUAGAUGUGGAUGAAAUGAUGGUGGUGGUCAAGGGGGAAUGGUCAGAGCUACAGCCAAGGUGUGGUAGGGGCCAAGCUCUGUUCAUAUUCAUGAGGGAGAAAUUUGUUUGUUUCCGAGUGGUUUGUUUGUUUUUUGUUGAUGUUACUCAAGAGAAAAGGGGGCAUGGUGUGCUGGGAGGCACGUGCAUGCCCUAGCUAGUGUGCUGCUCUGGAGUGAAAUAUUUGUCCAUCUCCAGGCUGAACAGUGUCCAAGCAUGAGGCUUUUGGGGGCCCUUGCUAUUUGUACUUUUUUUUCCCAUCAUCAGCAAUAAAAGAUGUUGCCAUUUACUACAUUA